AGCAAGCAAUCAUGGCACAAUACGAGCUGUACCGGCGGUCGUCGCUUGGCAUGGCUUUGACGGAUACACUCGAUGAAUUAAUUACAGAGUCGCAUAUUGAUCCUCAGAUUGCUAUGAAGGUCCUUGCGCAGUUUGACUUGACAAUAGCCGAGGCCCUUCACAACCGAGUGAAAGCCAAAGCUGCCAUAAAGGGUCACUUGCACGUCUACCGCUUUUGCGAUGAUGUAUGGACAUUUAUCGUUGAUCGACCUACAUUCAAGCUGGAGGGAAGUGAAACCGUUCAUGCGGAUCGGAUAAAAGUGGUGGCAUGCACGGCGAGGGCUCCGCCAGGAGGAAAGCCAGAGUGAAGGAUUGGCAACUUUUAGGUUGUGUUGAGCUUGGAUCAUUAAUUUUCGGUAGUAUGAGUUGCGGCUUUGGUCGCUCUUGAUGUUUUGUUUGGUGUAAAUUGAUUUUCUCGUCUGUUCCUUUCAACAAUGCCGACCCGCCAUUUAAUCUGGCACUGCGCCUUAUUUGCCCC